AUGGAGACACCCUGGAAGAUUGAAGAAGUGCUCGUUGUUACCUCUAGCACCCCUCACACCCACACCACUUCAGUCACUAUGAAAAAAGUCACUCCAUCAUCUGAACUCUCAUCCCCAAAUAAGAGCUGCAUAUUAUCUCCCGAUGCAGUGUUCUCUUCGGGCAAGACUGUCCUGUAUUUGGAUAAUUCACCUCUAUUUGCACCAUCCAAAUAUCUUUUACCGUUGGGUGAAGGUACUAUUGAUAAGAGGUCUCGUCUCAAGACAACACAUGGGCAUCCAGAAUUACCAGAGUCGCCGGAGUUGUCACUCACCAUCCCAAUUCCGCCGUCCCGUCACAUCAUUCUACCAUUUAACCUCCGACAUGAUGGAAGCUUCAACCAAAAUUCUGAGCUCCUCUCUCUGUCAUUUGAUGGCUUUUUCUUGCGGUUUUGGCUUAGCACCCUCCCACCCAAGCCAUGGCCCCUCACCAUUGCUGGUGUUCAGCCAUAUUUCACAACUGACCCAAUCGAUGAUGGCUCAAUGCCUCCGAUAAAACGAAUGAGCAAAUCACAUCUUCGUAUAAGUGCUAAUACCAACGUCACUAACCUUCCACCUUCUGAGGUUGAGAAUGCCUUUAAGCUUGUCUUUGAGUUCUUUACUAAAACCCAAAUCGUUAUCACACAAGUUCAAUACUGGGGUAGGUUCUUCAUUAUUGUCCUGGAGUACGAGAGCACAGAUCUUUCUAGAGUUCCCCGUACCAUUGGCUGCUGCAACUGUUUCUAUCUGUUUGAGAAUGAAGUCGGACGACCACGAUUUCCGGCCCGUAGGAUCACAGACCCGACAGGUAACGUCAUCGACGAUAGCAAGUAUGAUACCUUGCGUCCUGGAAUUAUGCUGAGCUCUGGAACAAGUUCCAUCACCAGCUAUGAGUACCGCACUACCUCGGGCGCGCUCGUUGAAGACUCUAACUCGGAGCAAUAUAUGACAGUUGCUUCCCACAGUUUUCUAGAUGGCGAUAGGGUUUUCCAUCCUUGUGCUAGUGGUGAAGAGAUUAGUCAACCAAUCACGGCGAUCGCGGGCACAGGCAUUGCGAUUGCGAAACUGCAUGAUGAUAUCCCGUUCACUAAUGAGACUUUCGAGACCCCUGUUGAGGGAAUAGGACCUACCCAGCUACAAGGUCUUGUGUCCGCCGAUAACUUGCAUAUCGGUCCAUCCGUCUAUAUGAAUAGCCCAUUCGUUGGCUAUUGUGAAGGUACCUGUGGACCUUGGGACCGCAAGCGAGUUCCUAUUGGUGACCCAAGUCAACCUCAAUUUGAAUGGGUAAAGACUCGGUGGUGUUAUAUGGGCCAAGUAUCUCUUGAACGUCUCCGAGAUGGUGUUUGUGGAUCUGCAAUUUGGGAUGAUGAUGGGAACGUCAUUGGGUUCUUCCGAUAUGCACCAACGUCGGGUCACUUCCUCGACUAG